UAUUAUUCACGGCGCCAUUCUGAUGCGGCUUGGGUUGUUCACCGGCCGGCGAUCCUCCUUUUUCACCUCCGGGCAAAAUUAACUGUAACUGUGAGGAAUUUUGAUAACCCCUAUCUACAAAACCCUAGAACACAGACCCCAAAUUGUUCGCAAAUGGACUCUCCUCCGGCCAAGUGUUGGAGCAUCCACACCCGCCCGGAGAUCAUCCAGAAGUACCAGAUCCUCGAGCGGGUCGGAUCCGGCGCAUAUUCGGAUGUCCACCGUGCGCGGCGGCUCUCCGACGGGGUCAUCGUUGCGUUGAAGGAGAUCCACGAUUAUCAGUCCGCCUUCCGCGAAAUUGAGGCGCUACAAAUUUUACAAGGUUUGCCGAAUAUCGUCGUUUUGCAUGAGUACUUUUGGCGCGAGGAUGAGGACGCCGUGCUUGUUCUCGAGUUUCUGAAAACGGAUUUGGCCACGGUUAUAGCGGAGGCGAAGAAGCGAGGAUCGGGCGGGGUAGAUUCCGGGCGUGGGCUCGCGGCUGGGGAGGUGAAGCGUUGGAUGAUCCAGAUUUUAAGUGGUCUUGAUGCUUGUCAUGGGAAUAUGUUCGUCCACAGGGAUUUGAAGCCUAGCAAUUUGUUGAUCUCCGACGAUGGCGUGCUCAAGCUUGCCGAUUUUGGACAGGCAAGAAUACUCAUGGAGCCUGGAUAUGUUGAAUCCAAUGAGAUCCCGGAACCAUCUGAGGUGAACUCUUCAGAUCAAGUACCUGCUUCUCAGCCAUCUGCAAUUUUUCCCGGAACAGAAAUCUCGGUUCGAGGAGAUAACAGAACUGGGGAGCAAGAACCAGUUAGCAAAGAGGAGUAUUUUAGAGUAUUAGACGAGGUGAAAGUGAAAAAUUUAGCAAAUGAAUUUGAUAAGGAAACAUAUACUUAUGAUGGAGAUACAUCUUGCUUAGCAACAUGCACCACGAGUGACCUAGAAGAUGAUCCAUUUAAAGGUUCAUCAUAUUCUUAUGAAAUGGAUGGGGAAGUUCCAGCUGAUGAUGGUCAGGGUUCUCUCACGUCUUGUGUUGGGACUCGCUGGUUUAGGGCCCCCGAAUUACUCUAUGGAUCUACGAACUACGGCUUGGAGAUUGACUUAUGGUCAUUGGGCUGCAUUUUUGCAGAGCUUCUUACAUUGGAACCCCUUUUCCCAGGAACAGCUGACAUUGAUCAACUAAGCAAAAUUUUCAGUGUUCUAGGCAACUUGACUGAAGAUUCCUGGCCAGGUUGUUCCGAACUACCUGAUUUUCAAAUUAUAUCAUUCAACAAAAUAGAGCAGCCAAUCGGUCUAGAAGCAUGUCUUCCCAACUGUUCUCCCGACGAGAUUUCUAUCGUUAAAAGACUUCUUUGUUACGACCCGGCUAAUCGAGCAACUGCUAUGGAAUUGCUUCAGGACAAGUAUUUCACUGAGGAGCCACUUCCUAUUCCCUUGUCUGAGCUUCAUGUUCCUUCAACCAGAAGUGUACAGGAUGAGCAUUCUCCUGCGGGAUGGUACGACUAUGACGAGUCGGAUUCUGAUAUGGAUGAUCUUGAACCCAUGAAUGUUACCACCAGCGCCACCGGUUACUCCAUACGAUUCCAUUGAACUAUGGGGAUUGAGGUACUCUUAUAUGUUUGAAACUAUACUUUGUUUCAAUUUAGUCAUUACUUAUUACUUACAAGGAAAAGUUUCCUUGAUACAUCUUGAAUCCUGAUCAGGCCAUGUCUUAUCCUAGAAUACCAUUAUCACCCCUCAUACUUGAAAUGCCAAAAGCUUGGAGAAUUUAGAUGCCGAAACAAUCAUAUAUUUCAAUACCAUUCUUGAAGGACGUCGUGUCUGAAUCCUUGUCAGGUUAUUUAUUGUCCUACGAUACUGUUAUCGCUGCUUGUACUUAAAACACCAAAAGUUUGGAGAACUCUGAUGUCGGAAUGAUCAUUCUACAAAGAAUGUUGUGUCUGUUACUGUAAUUUAUGUAAAUUUGCACAAUCAAAGAUGUGAGUUUCCCUCCCCUUCAUCUUUUUUUCCAAGGACCUCAAGUCUUGCUUUUGUGUCUGCCAAAUCGGCCAUGGCUGUGGUUCCUUGUCUUGCUUUUAUGCUUUGAUUUUGCUUGGGAGUGGAUUUACAUUUUCAAGUAUAUGCUACUACAUUGUCA